UAGGAGGAGUCGAUGAGCAAGGUGGAGAUGGGCGAGGAGGAACAAGACGGUACAGCAGUACAUGACCCAGAGAAGAAGAUGAACAAGGCGUCGUCUGCGAGCACUGUCCCACCGUCGUCGUCCUUGAGGGACGCGCUCUCCUCCACCUCCUCGUCGUCCCUGAGAGAGCAACAUCACGAUGAGGAGGUCGAGCUGAAAUGGGCGGCCAUCGAGAGGCUGCCCACCUGGGACAGGCUCCACACCUCGCUCCCUCUCCAUGCCAACGCCAUUCAUCCGUUGGAGCCGGUGGACGUGCGCCGGCUGGGGGCCGCGGACCGGCGGGAGCUGGUGCACACCCUCAUCACCGACAUCCACGAGGACAACCUCCGCCUGCUCCGGCACCAGCGCCGCAGGAUGGACAGGGUCGGCGUGCGGCAGCCCACGGUCGAGGUCCGAUGGCGGAACCUGCACGUCGACGCCGAGUGCCAGGUCGUCGAUGGCAAGCCGCUCCCCACGCUCCUCAACUCCGCCAUCUCCACACUCUCGCUACUCACCACCAUGCUCGGCUUCAACCGUAACCAAGAAAGGAUCCACAUCCUCAAAGAUGUCACUGGCAUCCUCAAACCUUCCAGGAUGACCCUUCUCCUUGGACCCCCAGGCUGUGGCAAAACCACCCUUUUGCUAGCACUUGCUGGAAAGCUCAACAAAAAUCUCAAGGUAACAGGUGAAAUUGACUACAAUGGUGUCAAGCUGCAAGAUUUUGUUCCAGAGAAGACAUCAGCGUACAUUGGUCAGUACGAUCUUCAUGUCCCUGAGAAGACUGUCAGGAAGACGCUCGACUUCUCUGCAAGAUUCCAGGGCGUUGGCAGCAGAGCAGAAAUCAUGAAGGAAGUCAUUAGAAGGGAGAAGGAGGCUGGGAUCAUCCCUGACCCCAACAUAGAUACAUACAUGAAGGCAAUAUCUGUGGAUGGUUUAGAAAGAAGCAUGCAAACAGACUACAUUAUGAAGAUAAUGGGACUUGACAUAUGCGCUGAUGUACUAGUAGGAGAUGCCAUGAGAAGAGGUAUUUCAGGCGGUGAGAAGAAAAGACUAACCACAGGAGAGGUGAUAGUAGGACCAUCAAAAGCGCUCUUCAUGGAUGAAAUAUCAACUGGGCUGGACAGUUCUACCACCUUCCAAAUUGUUUCUUGUCUCCAACAGCUAGCUCAUAUAUCAGAGUCUACCAUACUGGUCUCACUCCUUCAACCAGCACCAGAGACUUACCAACUUUUUGAUGAUAUUAUCUUGAUGGCUGAAGGACAAAUCGUAUACCAUGGUCCUAAGAGCUGCAUUAUGAGUUUCUUUGAAUCUUGUGGCUUCAAGUGCCCUGGAAGAAAAGGGGAUGCUGACUUCCUUCAAGAGGUCCUAUCGAAAAAAGAUCAACAACAAUACUGGAGCCGUACCGAAGAAGGAUAUAAUUUUGUUACAGUUGACCAAUUCUGUGAUAAGUUCAAAGCAUCUCAGAGUGGUCAGAAUCUUGUUGGGGAGCUUUCAAAGCCGUAUGACGAAUCCAAAGGACAUAAGAAUGCACUGUCCUUCAGUAUCUACUCGUUAUCCAAGUGGGAUCUCGUCAAGGCAUGUUUUGCACGGGAGCUCCUUCUUAUGAAAAGAAAUGCCUUCAUCUACAUAACAAAAGCCAUUCAGCUUGGACUAAUUGCUGCUAUUACUGGGACAGUAUUUCUGCGCACCCAUAUGGGUGAUGAUAGAAUUCAUGCUAACUAUUAUAUGAGUUCACUCUUCUUUGCGCUUCUGCUGCUGAUGGUGAAUGGUUUCCCUGAGCUGGCCAUGGCAAUUAACAGACUGCCAGUCUUCUACAAACAGAGAGACUACUACUUCUAUCCUGCAUGGGCUUAUGCAAUACCAUCUUUUAUCCUAAAGAUUCCAGUCUCUUUAGUUGAGUCAGUAGCUUGGACAUCAAUAUCCUACUACCUGAUUGGCUAUACCCCAGAAGCAUCUAGGUUUUUCUCUGAGCUCCUCAUCCUCUUCCUCAUCCACACAGUAACAUUAUCAAAGUUCCGGUGUGUUGCCUCAUAUUGUCAAACGAUGGUGGUUGCUUCAAUCUGUGGCACAUUGACAUUUCUAGUCAUGCUUCUAUUUGGAGGUUUCAUAAUUCCUCGUGUUCCAGGAUCUUCUCGUGCUAUUAUCUCUUGCAGUAAGCUUGCCACAUUUGGUGAAAGAAACCAAGCUAAGGAUACGAAAAAUGGGAUGCCUAAUUUACAAGCAGAAACCGCUUUGACACCUAAUAGGACUGGGAGGAUGGUAUUGCCUGUCACACCCCUUACAAUAUCAUUUCAAGAUGUCAACUACUAUGUAGACACCCCCACGGAAAUGAGGGAGCAUGGUUAUAUGGAAAGAAAACUACAACUACUGCACAAUAUCACAGGAGCAUUUCAGCCAGGGGUUCUCUCAGCCCUUAUGGGGGUUAGUGGAGCGGGAAAAACAACACUCCUUUAUGUUCUUGCUGGAAGGAAAACGGGUGGUGUUAUUGAAGGGGAUAUAAGAAUAGGAGGCUAUCCUAAGAUCCAGCAAACUUUUGCUAGGAUAUCAGGCUACUGUGAACAGACUGAUGUUCAUUCCCCACAAAUCACAGUGGGUGAAUCAGUUGCAUAUUCAGCCUGGUUGCGCCUUCCACCAGAAAUUGAUUCAAAAGCAAGAAAUGAAUUUGUAAAUGAAGUUCUUGAAACAAUUGAGUUAGAUGAAAUUAGAGAUUCUUUGGUUGGAAUACCAGGGGUAAAUGGACUAUCGACAGAGCAACGGAAACGGCUCACUAUUGCAGUUGAGCUUGUGUCUAACCCUUCAAUCAUAUUCAUGGAUGAGCCAACAUCAGGCUUGGAUGCAAGGGCAGCUGCUAUUGUCAUGCGUGCAGUCAAGAAUGUUGCAGAUACAGGUCGGACAGUCGUGUGCACCAUUCACCAACCAAGUAUCCAUAUGUUUGAGGCAUUUGAUGAGUUGAUGCUGAUGAAAAGGGGUGGAGAGUUGAUCUAUGCUGGGCUAGUUGGACAUCAUUCAUGUGAGGUCAUCCAAUAUUUCCAGGCAAUACCUGGGGUUCCCAGGAUCAAGGACAACUACAACCCAUCAACAUGGAUGCUAGAAGUUACUUCCACAUCUAUGGAAGUUCAACUGGGAGCAGAUUUUGCACAAUUGUACAGGGAAUCAUCAAUGUGCAAGGACAAGGACAUGGUGGUAAAGCGGUUAAGCGUACCAGUUCCAGGUACGACCGACCUCCAUUUUGCGACACGGUUUCCACAGAAGUUUCAGGAGCAAUUCAAAGCUUGCCUCUGGAAGCAGUGUUUGUCGUAUUGGAGAACCCCUUCCUACAACCUGGUGCGAUUUGUGUUCAUAACAUUAUCCUGCAUUUUCUUUGGUGCACUGUUCUGGCAACAAGGCAACAUCAACCACAUAAACGACCAGCAAAGUCUCUUCACCAUAUUGGGGUGCAUGUAUGGAAUCACUCUGUUCGCUGGCACCAACAACUGUCAAUCGGUGAUGCCAUUUAUCUCCGUGGAGCGCUCUGUCGUUUACAGGGAGAGAUUUGCAGGGAUGUACUCUCCUUGGGCCUACUCUUUUGCGCAGGUUGCCAUGGAGAUACCUUAUGUGCUGAUGCAGGUGGUGCUGUUCAUGUUGAUAGCAUAUCCGAUGAUAGGGUACGCGUGGACAGCAGCGAAGUUCUUUUGGUUUAUGUACACCAUGUUUUGCACACUGCUCUGCUUCGUCUACAUGGGAAUGGUGGUGGUGUCGUUCACCCCCAACAUCCAAUUUGCAUCCGUACUUUCAUCUAUGUUCUACACCCUACAAAACCUCAUGUCUGGCUUCAUCGUGCCUGCGCCUCAAAUACCGAGAUGGUGGAUAUGGUUCUACUACGUCUCCCCAAUGUCGUGGGAGCUAAGGGUCUUAUUCACCACGCAGUUCGGGGAUUACGACGACAGGAUGAUCGAUGUAUUUGGAGAGACCAAAUCGGUCCCAGCAUUCAUGAAGGACUACUUUGGUUUUCGGCGUGAUUUGCUGCCGCUGGCAGCUGUUGUUCUGGCGGCAUUCCCCAUCCUUCUUGCCGUUCUCUUCGGUUACAACAUCUCAAAGCUCAAUUUCCAAAGGCGAUAGACACACAUGUAUUCAUCAAAGUAGUAAAACAGUAGCACGGUAGAGAAAAGAUAUUGCUUGCGC